UUUGGUGGCAUCAUUAUUUUUAAAAAAUUUAUAUUUCAAUAUGGAAAAGAUUAAAUAAGAUCACUCUUCAACUUCUUUAAACAAGGAAAAUUUGAGGUAAAUCAGCAUAAAGCGAGCUUACAUUUCAAAAAAUCCUCAUCAUUGAAUGAAAGGUUGCCUUUGACACCCUACUACAUUUUUUUUUCCCUCUCAAAGCCCAAUUCCAAGAAAUGUUGCUUUAUAAUAAAAGUUUCUGAAUUUCGAAAGUUGUAUCGAAAUUUUAGAAUUAACAAUGAGUGAAACAAAUGUGCAAAAAAUAAUUUCUUUUCAAAUAAAAUCUGAAACUUCUCAACCAGCUGGGGAUGAACCAUAUGUAUGUGUAUUGUGUGGAAAAGAAUUUUCUCUUAAUAUUGAAUUAAAAUCGCAUUUAAUUUCUCAUACAAAGAAGCCCCAUGUAUGUAAAUAUUGUGAAAAGGGAUUUGUUUAUCCAAAAAGUUUAAAACUACAUUUACUUACUCAUACAAAAGAAGAACCUCAUUCUUGUAAACAGUGUGGGAAAAAAUUUUCUAGAGCUUGUGAUUUCAAGCGACAUUCUUUCAUUCAUGAAAAUCAAAAACCUCAUGUUUGUGAAGUAUGUAAUAAAGCGUUUGCUCUAAAAUCAAACCUAAAAUCUCAUUUUCGUAUCCAUACAAAUGAAAAACCUCAUAUAUGUGAAAUAUGUGGUAAAGCAUUUUCUCAAAUAAACAAUCACAAAAGACAUUUGAACGUUCAUAAAAACCAGAAACCUCAUGUAUGUCAAAUGUGUUCAAAAGCAUUUUCAUUAAAAGAAAGCUUGAAAAAGCAUUUGCGAACUCAUACCCAAGAAAAACCUCAUAUAUGUGAAUUUUGUGGCAAAGCAUUUUCUUUAAAAGCCAAUUUAAAGUCACAUAUUUUGAUACAUACAAAAGAAAAAUUGCAUGUGUGCAAUAUAUGUGAUAAAACAUUUACUAAAAAAAGUAACUUAAAUUUACAUUUACAUAAUCAUGAAAAGGAAAAACCUCGAACAUGUGAAAUUUGUAGUGAAACAUUUGCUUUGAAGCAUGAAUUCAAAGCUCAUAUACUUACACAUGCAGAUGAAAAGCCUUAUAAAUGUGAAAUAUGUAACAAAGCAUUUACCAAGAAAGGAAAUUUAAUAUCGCAUCUAGUUAUUCAUACUAAGGAAAGGUCUUAUGUCUGUGAAAUAUGUGGGACAGCAUUUGCUUUAAAAGGAAAUUUAAGAUCGCAUGUACUUACUCAUUCAAAUGUAAAACCUUUUUUAUGUGAUAUAUGUGGCAAAGGAUUUUCUCGAAAAAGUUACUUUAAACAACAUUUAUUACUUCAUAAAAAUAAAUGUCCCAUGUAUGUAAAGUAUGCAAUGAAGCAUUUUUCUCUAAAUGGGGAUUUACAAACACUUAUCUAAUUGCUUCAGACAAUAUUUGAUUUAUAUUUGCUAGUUGAAAACUUUUCUAUAAAUUAGAGAAUAAACUUUAAGAAUUACUUCAAAUAAUAUUUACUUGAUGAAAGUAUGCAGUGGAGCAUCUUCUUUAUAUGAGAAUUUAUUAUCAUUUUUUAUUUGAUUAAAAACAUUUCUCUUAUGUGAGAUGUCUCCAAAAACAAAUUAUGCUUAUUAUAUAUAUAUACAAAAAGAAAAGAAAGUAUUUUUAAUGGAGGUGAAUUAAAUAUAAUGUACAUAAAAUGAGUUGCAAUGUUUGUUGAUGGGAAAAUUUUAAAAUUAAUAUUUAUUUGCAUAUAAAAACAUGAUCAGCCCAAGGGUGUGGCAAAUGGUACAAGCCAUGUUCAUUAUUUUGUAAAAAAGAAAAAGAAACCUAUGUUUUUUAUUUUAUGUUUUGUUGUAAUUUGUAUAUACAUAUAUAUGAAUAAUUUCAUGCAAUUCUUAUACACUCUUUGCAACUAAUUCUAAG